UGUCGGGGAGGGGAGAGGACGCGAGGGGGGUCGCCGCCCGCCCCAUGUCCCCAGCCCGGGCCCUGGAGGCUCCUCCUGCCUUCCUCGCCCUUGCUCGGAGCUUCUCAGGCUCGUAGGGAAUAAUGGGGCUCUGAGGUCCACAAACGCAGACAAAAAGUGGAAGCAGCCGCAGCUGCCGCGCGAACAUCGGGCGGGCGCGACGGCCCCGGGGCGGUUGGGGUUUAGCAGGAGUGUUUUAAGGUUGAAUCACAGGCCGCCUACGAGCGGCGAAAACGCGUAAGAUCUCCCGGCCCCUCUGGAGGCUCCUGCCUGCGGCCACUUCUUGAAAAAGGAUUACGUUCCAUACCCGCUCGACUGGAUUUCUUUCCGGGAGGAGCAGGUCUCACAAGAUUGGGGUCAGGGCCGGAAGAGUUAAGGUUUGGGAGUCAAAUGCAUGUGACAGACCUCCCCCUCCACUCCCUAAAUUGUGACUUUGGACAAGUUAAACUGUAUAACCACCACCACCACCAUCUCAGUUUCUUCUGUAAAAUGGAGCUUUAGUGCCUCCCAGCAGCGUGGUUGUCAAGAUUAAGUGAAUAUGUGGACUGCCCAGCACUGUUAAGCCCUCAAACGUUAAUUGCCUUCCUCCUAUUGGUUCCUUCCUCCUCGAGGCCUAUUAGCGUUUAUCCUUCUGCGACUUGAACCCAACCGUUAGUACUAAAGAGGACUGAGAAAGAAAAUCACAUUUAUGCAGUGGAUUGUGUUAUAAGGAACUCUUGGAACUCCCCAUGCCUGGGGGUUACGGAGUGAUGGGUGACGAUGACUCUAUGGAUUACAGCGUUCAUGAGGCCUGGAACGAAGCCACCAACGUUUACCUGGUAGUAAUUCUCGUUAGCUUCGGCCUCUUCAUGUAUGCCAGGAGGAAUAAAAGGAAAAUUAUGAGGAUAUUCAGUGUGCCACCUACAGCAGAAACUUUGUCAGAGCCCAACUUUUAUGACACAAUAAGCAAAAUUCGUUUAAGACAGCAACUGGAAAUGUAUUCUAUUUCAAGGAAGUAUGAGUAUCAGCAGCCACAAAACCAAGCCGACAGUGUACAGCUCUCGUUGGAAUGAAAUCUCAGAAAAUGAGCAACAUGAGUAAUUGUUAAACAGUAUGGUAGCAAGUUCCUAAUUCUACUAAAUCAGGAACAGCAUUUUUUUAAACUUCUGUCUCCAUAAAAUCAUCUUACUUGUGAUUUUUUCCCAAUUAUUUGUGUUUUAUAUUGCUUUUUAAAAUUGUUUCGCCAAGUCAUUUGUUACACAAAUAAAAAUUGGCCCAAAGGCCUGAAAACAGUCUGCAUAUACUGAGGAAGAUAUUACAGAAUAUAAUCAAAGAUGAUGAUUUUACAUUGUGAAGACCUUUGAUUUCUUCAGGAUAUAAUCAGUCAGGAAUGAAAACCCAUCUUGGAUGUGAGAAUCCAGAGCUUAUGCCACUUUGCUUUGAAUAUUUUUGCAAAAUUAAAAAAUGAAAAUCCAGUCAUUGGAAUAAUUUCCUCUCAGAUUGUAUUCUGUGAUGGAUAAUGGACUAAUUUGAGUUCUUACUGCUGUUGUUACCACCCUUUAAUUGAAUUAACUAUUUGCUUUUUCAGAACUUGCACAGUAGACUGUCUUUUCUGCAUCAUGAAGCAUACCCAUCUGCUAAUUGUGGAAGCUUUCUGUGACUGGAAUAUUUUCCCCUUUAAUUGUGUUCGUACGGAUUUGUUUGCUUUGUAUUUUUUUUUUUUUUAAUCCCAUAGUUUCGUUUCUACCACAAGAGUCUUCUUUAGGCCAUACUGGGGCCAUGCUGCUGAAUAAAUGGGCGCCUCUAUUUUGGAAUUGGCAACUUGGUUUACCGUCAUGGAACGAUCAAUGUUUAAUGUAACGAUCAAUGUUUAAUGUAACUGUCUGGUUUCUUAACGCUUUUUUAGCAUAAGCUUCCCUGAAGACUCUCAUAUCUUGUACCAUUUCAUACUGUACAUUGAAAUGUUUUUACCUAACUUUUAAUAUUUAUUUAGAUAAAAGUUGGUUGGAGGUGGUGGCAGGGAAGUUUAACUGUCCAUGUAAAUGGCCAAGAAUUAGUUUUUGAAUUAAAGCUAUUCUUAGUUUUAAGAGUUAGAGUUAAUAUUUCAGCAUUACUUUUUUUUCCCUUUAUAAUUGUGAAAUAAAAGAAUAUAAAUUUAAAUGAAAGGUUUAGACCAAAUAAAAAAAUUCAGGGAAACUUUAUUUACUUUUAAAAUAUAACUAUGUCACACUCAAAAAUGUAUAUAUUGUAUAAGGUGAAUUGUUGACCAAGUAGAAUAAUUCUUUCUUAACUCACAAAUAAGUGAAUGCACCACCUAUACAUAGAAUGAAAAACCAUUUAUAGCUAAAAGGAUUGUAAACAGUUAUAAUUACAGGCCGGGGGUAGCAGAGCAGCAAGGAGACAAUCUUCUUAAACUUUGCUUUGCUCUUUGGAGAACCACUGUAUAUUUCCAUGAGCAGAUAAUGUGAUCGGGACCAGGAACAGUUUACUUGCUGUCACUGACUUGUGGCACAGUCUGGACAAAUUACAAAAACUGGCUAUCUCAGAUGACUUGUAAAAAUGGUGUACAUAAAUAAAUAUAACUGACUGUGAUUAUUUUUAUUUGCAUCCACUAGAUAGAGGCAGUUAUAGCUAAAAUCCAGUAGGUCACUUGGUGAGCAUCAAAUCUUGCCAAAUAAGAGAGGAUGAAUUCCUCAUUUUUCUCCAAAGCUACCUGAUGGGAAUCACUCACCCCCACUGGCAGGAACAACAGAAAGUCUGCCUUUGAAGUUUCUUCUCUGCUUCAACAGCUGAACUGGAAAAGGGGUGGAAGCCUGCACACUUCAAAGCAGCACCAGCUGAUUAUUCUGCUUCUGCCCCCCAAAUCCACCAAAGAUUCAACGAAAUUAUUUUCUUUGGAAGAAAACUGGAAUGACUAAUAAACUGGUAACUAACA